AUGGCCAACAAUGAGUCUGAGGUUGCUCCCUCUAUCGACAGUGCCACCACCAUUCCCGUUGUGAAUGUGCCAGGGAAUAAUGACCCAGAAAAAGGACUCGCUUCAUCGGAAAAAGAUGAACCACAACCACCUACCGAGAAGUCAAUUGCUACUGGCCCAGCACCAGCACCAGCAACACCGUCGAUCGGCCCACCACCUGAUGGAGGUAUUGGAGUCUUCCAAGAAUAUUAUCAAAGUCACCAACUGAGCGAGUUCUCCACCAGCACAGUAACAUGGAUUACAUCGCUAGAGACCUUUAUGAUGUUCUUCUGCGGCCCAAUAUUCGGAACCAUGUUCGACAGCUACGGCCCACGCUGGAUCCUCCUCCUCGGCACAAUCCUCCACGUCUUCGGCCUAAUGAUGGCCUCCCUCUCAACAGAUUACUACCAAUUCAUCCUGGCCCAAGGAAUCUGCAGCCCAAUCGGCGCAAGUGCAAUCUUCAACGCCUCCGUCAACUCCGUCAGCACCUGGUUCGCUAAGCGUCGUGGUUUCGCCCUCGGCGUAACAGCCUCUGGAUCCAGCCUGGGUGGAGUCAUCUUCCCAAUCAUGGUCACCCAACUGAUUCCCAAAGUCGGGUUCCCCUGGGCAAUGAGAAUCUGCGCAUUCGUCAUUUUGUUCAUGUUGGGUAUCGCCAAUCUCACGCUGAAGUCGAGAUUGCCGCACCGUCCUAAGCAAUUUGAUAUCCUGAGUUUCGUGAGGCCGUUGGCGGAGCUCAAGUUCGCGCUUACGCUUGCUGCUGCCUUUUGUUUCUUCUGGGGAAUGUUUUUGCCGUUUACUUUUGUUAUCACCCAAGCUGAGAGAUAUGGCAUGUCUGCCAAUCUGGCUGGGUAUCUGGUUCCAAUUCUGAAUGCCUCUAGUAUCUUCGGCCGCACGCUCCCUGGUUAUUUGGCCGACAAGAUUGGCCGCUACAAUAUGAUGGUUAUAACAACCUUCUUCUCCUCCAUCCUCGUUCUAGCCCUUUGGCUACCGUCAAGGGGCAAUGUCCCAGCAAUUUUGUUCAGCGCCCUAUACGGCUUCGGCUCUGGUGCAUUUGUCUCCCUUGCACCGGCUCUUAUAGCGCAGAUCUCCGACCUUCGCCAGGUGGGUGUGCGUAAUGGUACUUUCUUUGCUGUGAUCUCGUUUGCGGCAUUGACUGGUACUCCUAUUGGUGGUGCUUUGGUGCCAGAUGUUCUCCACGGCGAUUAUACCCGACUACAGAUAUUCUGUGGCGUUGUCAUGAUCGUUGGGUCAGUUCUGUUUGUUUUUGCCAGGGGGGCGAUUGGUGGGUUCAAACUUAACAAGGCCGCGCGGGGAACAAACACCAAAUUCCUCACAGAUAAACACGUCCCGGAGACCAAUCUGACAGACAAAUGGAUUAUUAUAACCGGAUCCAACAACGGCGUUGGCUUCGAAGCAGCAAAGUCUUUCGCAUCAUGGGGCGCAAAAGUUAUUCUCGCCUGUCGCGAGCCACCUGCAUGGGAACUGCAUCCAACAGCCGCUGUGAGUGAAUGUAAAGAGCUCGCCGCUACGCACGCAUAUGCCUCCACUAUCGAAUGGUGGCAGAUCGACAUGGCAGAUCUCAGCAGCGUCGAGGGUUUCUGUCAAAGAUGGCUGGAUUCAGACCGUGCUUUGCAUAUCCUAUGUAACAACGCUGGUAUUGCGGAGUCCACUAAGCAGACCUAUACAACGAAGGAUGGGUUCCAGUUGGUUCAUCAGGUCAACUUCUUAUCCCAUGUACUACUGACCCUCCGACUCCUCCCAUCUCUAGCUCGCAGCCCCGAGCCUCGAAUCAUCUGCACAACCUCAUGCUACCACCAUCUAGGAGUCUUUGAUCUCGAUCAUUUUAGCGGUGCACUAGGCGGGGACGGCAAUGAUUAUCGAAACAAUAAACUCUACUUCCAAAUGUGGAUUGCAGAGCUACAAUCUCGACUCCUCAAGAACCCCGAAUACCUCCACAUCACAAUCAACGGCGUCCAUCCCGGCUUCGUGGCUUCGGGUAUAUGGGACAAUCUUCGGGACACGGGGAAGGCCCCCGGUGGACUCGGUUUGCUUUUGCGCUAUGUCGCUAUCGACUCACAACAGGGUGGAUUGGCGAUUUCCCAUGCUGCUACUAGUUUGGUGUUUGGGCCGGAUCCUAAGAAGCAGGGGGUUGGUGCGGAAAAUGGGCGUGGGGGCGGGAAAUAUAUCAAUCGCAUUUGGGAGGGGCCUGCGAAAUCCGAUUGUAAUGACCCGGAGGCUAGAUCGAGGUUGUGGGUUAAACUGGAUGAGGAGCUUAGUUUGCAAGAGAAGGGGCUUCUGACCGGGUUGGGUCUUUAA